AUGUCCCACCUGGCACCUUCUUCUUCCCGUAAGAUUCGUUCGGUUUGGGUCUCUGUGACUCGUGUACCACGCACUCUAAAGGAAGAGAUCUAUGUCUCGCAACCACCAGACUUUGUGGACAAAGACAACCCACAAUAUGUUUGCAAGCUGAACAAAGCGUUAUAUGGGUUGAAACAAGCACCUCGCGCAUGGUACCAAGAACUGAAGACGUUUCUACAAACCUCCGGUUUCAAAAAUUCACUCGCGAAUACCUCCUUGUUCAUCUACCACAACGGCAAUGACUACAUUUAUGUGUUGGUCUAUGUGGAUGAUAUUAUUAUUACUGGAGUUCCCUCUCUUGUUCAGGCUUUUCAGUUUGCUCUUGCACAACGGUUUUCUCUAAAAAAACUUGGUCCAUUGAGCUAUUUUCUGGGAAUCGAGGCCACGCGAUCUUCUCGCGAUAUGCAUUUGAUGCAACGUAAGUAUAUAAUUGAUUUACCCACCAAAACUCGUAUGCUUGAUGCCAAACCAGUUGCCACACCGAUGGUCACGUCGCCGAACCUUACUAUUGAUUCUAGUACUCCUCUUUCUGAUGCGAAGGAAUAUCGAGCUGUCAUCGGUAGUCUUCAGUAUCUGUCAUUCACAUGGCCGAAUAUAGCUUUUGUUGUCAAUCGUCUCUCACAGUUUAUGCAUCAGCCGACGGAUAAACAUUGGCAAGCGGCGCAGCAUGUCCUCCACUAUCUUGCUGGUACCAAGUCUCAUGGUAUUUUUCUUUGCUCAGAUGCUACUCUUACUAUUCACGCCUUUUCAGAUGCUGAUUGGGGUCGAGCUCACAAUACCUACACAUCUACGAACGCCUACAUCGUUUACUUUGGUGCUAGUACGAUCUCAUGGUCCUCGAAGAAGCAACGCAGUGUCUCCCGGUCGUCUACGGAAGCUGAAUACAGAGCGGUUGCCAAUGCUGCCUCCGAACUCCGUUGGAUUUGUUCUUUGUUAUCUGAAAUGGGCAUAGUUUUACUGGUUGCACCUGUUCCAUAUUGCGAUAAUGUGGGAGCAACGUAUUUAUAUGCCAAUACGAUUUUUCAUACCCGCAUGAAGCACAGAGUUAUUGAUUACCACUUUGUCCGUGAAUUCAUUUAA